UCCGUUCAUCCCCUUCGCGAAGCAACCUCCUCGCCGUCCCCGGCGCGUGGGGCGCGUCGCGUCAGGCGUACGCACCGACCACCCCCUGCCCUCGCCGCGCUCCACACAUCCGCGCUCCCCGCCGCGUAUAUACACCCUCCCCGCCGCUCCGACCUCACUUUCCCCGCCUCCAUCACCAUCACAAUCUCCUCUCGUCUCCCGCACCGCACCGCACCUCGCAAACCCUGCGCGCGGAAUUCUCCUCCGCAGCAACCGCCAUGGGCGGCUCCCACAGCCGCGAGGACAUCGACCUCACUUCCUCCGACGAGGAGGAGGAGUACGAGGAGGACUACGACGCCCGAUCCCCCAUCUCCGAGCCCGCCGCGAGCGCGGGCCAGCGCGACGACGACCUCCUCCGCACCGCCACCCCCUCGUCGCUCGAGGCCAUCGACGCCAAGCUCAGGUCGCUCGACCUCAAGUACCAGCACCCCACCGCCGCCAAGCUCUACCUCCACGUCGGGGGGUCCUCGCCCUCAGCGCGCUGGGUGCUCGACGAGCGCCGCGCGACCUACGCCUUCGUCGACAAGGCGAGCGACGACGCCUCCUCCCCCAGGUGGUUCCUGGAGGUCCGCCCGGGGCCGCGGGUCUCCGCCCCCGUGGACUCAGCGCUCCAGCUGAAGACGAACCCUACUCAGCGCCGGGCGGACUUCGCUGCGGGCGGCUCCGUAUGGGCUCUGCGACUGCCCACCGACGCCGAAUUCCGCCGGUUCGGGUUGGAGUACGAGCGGUGCAUUUUCGAGAAUACCUACGGGGUCGAGGCCACGGACGAGGGCCGGAAGGAGGUGUUCGGCGCUGACUUCGCCGCGUGGGCGCGCCCCGACGAGGCCGACGACGCCGUUUGGGCCGACGCAGAGGAAAGCCUCAACCCUCCCGCCGCCGCUCCAGCGAGGGACCUCCUUGAGGAGUUCGAGGAGGACGCCGGCGACGGCGACAGCAUCCAGAGCCUCGCGCUUGGAGCGCUCGACAACAGCUUCUUGGUCGGCGGCGCCGGGAUACAGGUUGUGAAGAACUUCCAGCAUGGCUUGCACGGGAAGGGCGCAUCGGUGAGGAUUUCAGGUGGCAGUGGGAUCGCCUAUUCGACACCGAAGAAGGCUCUCCUUAUGCGCGGCGAGACAAACAUGCUGCUGAUGAGCCCUGGAGAGGCUCUGCGUUCUAAUGGAGUCCACCAUGUUGAUAUUGAAACUGGAAAGGUCGUAGCCGAAUGGCGGUUCGAGAAGGAUGGAACUGACAUCACGAUGCGCGAUAUUGCCAACGACAGUAAGGGCGCACAGCUGGAACCCUCCGGAUCGACAUUCUUGGGGCUGGAUGACAACCGAUUGUGCAGAUGGGAUAUGCGCGAUGCCAGAGGCAGAGUGCAGACUAUUGGUAGCUCAUCAGAAUCACCGGUGCUGAAAUGGUCGCAGGGUCAUCAGUUCUCGCGGGGCACUAACUUCCAGUGCUUCGCAAGUACUGGGGACGGUUCAAUUGUAGUUGGUUCUGUGGAUGGCAAGAUCAGACUCUAUUCUAAGAGCUCAAUGCGUAUGGCAAAGACGGCAUUCCCAGGGCUCGGGUCCCCAAUCACCCAUGUGGAUGUUACAUUUGAUGGGAAAUGGAUUCUGGGCACAACUGACACAUACUUGAUUUUGAUCUGCACCAUCUUUAAGGACAAGGAUGGGAAAGAAAAGACUGGGUUUAGUGGGCGGAUGGGAAAUAGGAUUGCUGCACCAAGGCUACUCAAGCUCACUCCGCUGGAUUCAAUUUUAGCAGGGACUGACAACAAAUUCCAUGGGGGCCAGUUCUCAUGGGUGACAGAGAAUGGAAAGCAGGAAAAGCAUCUUGUUGCAACAGUUGGCAAAUUCAGUGUCAUAUGGAAUUUUCAGCAAGUAAAGGACAGCAACCAUGAAUGCUACCGUGAUCAGCAGGGCCUUAAGAGCUGCUACUGCUACAAGGUCGUGCUCAAGGAUGAAUCAAUUGUUGACAGCCGCUUUAUGCAUGAGAAGUUCGCAACUGGUGACUCUCCCGAGGCUCCUCUAGUGGUCGCGACACCGAUGAAAGUCAGCUCUUUCAGUAUAGCAAAUAGACGCUAACUCCGGCAGUUUUGAUUGUUCUUUUGUUGGUGUAAUAUAGUGUGAGAAGUGACAGAUUCCUGUUCGUUUAGUGGUUGGUUUGUUGGUUCUUAGUUCUUACACGGUUUGGUUGGUUUCAUUACAUGGUUGACUGUAAUGCAAAGCUGAUCUAGCUUCAUUGAGGAAGUUGGUAACAACUUGUACGUGGGGUUAUUGUCAUUUGUUGUGGAUCAGUCGUGUAUUAUGUUACUAUUUGUUUGGUAGACAACAUGUGUAAAAAGGAUUUGCAUAUAAAGAAAUGUUGAUUGGAGAC